GCCGUCUCCACUUCUCCACUUGAUUGGCAGUCGCCACUGACCAACUUUCCAAAACCUCGUCGCCGGCGGCCAUGGCCUACCUCCCGCCGCACAAGCGCCACUCCAACGCCUCCACGCCCGCCCCGACCCCGGCCCCUCCUCCUCCCUCCCUCUCCUCCUCCCUCCGCUCGCUCUCCCUCUCCUCCUCCCCACGCGGCCGCCACCACCGCGGCGCCACCACCCGCCCUUCCAGCAAGAUCGUCCACGCCGCCGGCUGCGUCUCCCGCUGGUCCACGCUCCCGCCCUUCCCCGACGACGACGGCGACGACGACGGGUCGCUCCGCCUCGAGCCCUUCCCCUGCGACCCCAUCGAGCGCAGGACCGGCGCCAAGCCCCUCGCCCUCGUCUCCUCCUCCGCCGCCGAAGCCUCCUCCCCCUGCUCCGCGGCGGCCGCCGCAUCCACCGUCACCGAGAGGUUCUUGCCGGACCUCCUCGCCGCGGCUUGGAGGGCGAAGGCGGGCGAUGUGCCUGAGGAGGAGGAGGAGGUGAAGCUGAGCGUCGUGGCCAGGGUGGGGAAGGUGCUCUUCGAAUCGUCCGGCGGCGGAUCACCCGUCUCCAUGAACUCGCUCCGCGAAGCCGUGAAAGCAGGAGAAGAGGGCUCGAGGAGCAAUCUUCAUAAAUCGUUCUAUACCAAUGUGCCUAGUGAGUGCUUGGAUGAUAUGGAGCGAUCCGCUGCGGAGAAGAUGGGGCUGGAGUUUGAUUCCUCCAAAGAGCACUACCAUGUGAAGGUCUUUGACAAGCGUCAAAGUGAUUCUACAAUAACGUGCAAAUGCACCGUGCAAGAAGAUGGAAAGCUUGCUAUCCAUAAGGUUCAGUUGAACCAGGUACGCCACUUGGUGGAAGAUAUAUCCUGUCUGUUCAAGGAUCUGGACCUGAGGCUGAUGUUGUCUACCAAAAGAAUCCUUAAGAACUUAGAUGCUGAAGUGAAAAAUGCAAUAAAUUGCUUGGUAUCUUCUGCUGUUAUUGAUCCUGAUGUCAAAGGUGGACUUAGAUGGCCUCUUGGGAAAGAAUCGAUUGAUGAGAGGUUCAGCAUAGUUGGAGUGUGGCAUACAAACUACAAAGCUUUCAGAAAUGAGAAGUUGAGGCUCAAGCUAAGGCAUGCUGACCGGUUUGACCAUCGAAGCUCAACUGGAGAGGUUUCUAAUGAAGUUACCUUUAAACUAAUUGGCAUAUCUGCAAGUCUGGAGGCUGUUGAUCAGGAGGCGAAUUCUCUGCAGGAGAUGCUGGAGUCUGUGGUAGGAAUGAUCUGGGAGAGCGGUUUGAGCUACAAGAAGGCGCCCUGAGCACAGUUAUGCCGAGUGGCGACAAGUAGACAAUGCUACAAGAGCUUCUUGCCGAUGUUACCGUCUGACUACCUUCUACCCUGGAGCUAACGGGCGUUGAUCUCAGCCCACCCCAUCAUGUACAGUUUCAGUUAGCCUGUCUCUACUGUAGUGUCAGUGUGUCAUUCUGGUUAGCAGGUUAAGUAGUAGUGAGUAGUCUAUGGGCAUGGUCGCAUGGUAUGGUAGGUUUUCCACUUACUUCCUUGCUCCUUGGCGUCAUAGGUUGAUCGAACCACCUACAUGAGACGCUAAAUUCAAGUGAAGUUGAAAUGACUAUGCAAUUAUGCAUUCUUCUGUUAAACGAGAAUGGCAUAUUUUAUAAUAUAACUUUGAGUAAAUUGCACUCAAGAUACAA